AUGAUGUCCAACAAAACACUAAUCUUUCUGUUCGUUUUCAUCCUGAGUAUCUCAUGGAUUCAAGCGAUGCCGAGUGAACCUGAAACAGUUGAAGACGGCAGAGUCUCAUCUUUAUUUUUAUACAUCAAAAAUUACUUCACACAACAAUCUACCCCAUUGCCAAUGACUGCCAAAGAUAGGACUUUGGAUAACUCUACAUCAAGAUUGAUAACGUCGGCGCAAGAAGACCGUUCUUCCGUAGCAGCAUCUCCUGCACCAUUAAGUAUCGAUGAUCAGUUAAGAAUUAUGAAACUUUUUUCGCCGUUUUUUCGACUGAAAAUGACCCAGGAAGAACAAGCCGUAGCUGUUCUAUCUCCGGUCGUGAUUAUGCUCCUCAUUGCUUUAAUACUAGCGGCAGUUUUCUUUAUUGUAGUCGCGUUAUAUCAGCGUAAAUCUUCAGAAAAACGGCAUGAUGUGGAACAACUUCCAAUAAAAAUGAGUGAAUUAGUUAAAUAA